UUUUUUUUUUUUUUUUUUUGCGUCCAUUGACUUCUUGCUCAGGUAGCAAGUUGUUCAUCAUGUUUGCUGGUUUCAUAGUGUACCUGUACCUAUCUUAGGAAGAAAAUGAAGAGCGCAAUGAAGUUUUUUUUUUUUUUUUUUUUACAAUGUAUUCAAUUGCAAAACGUUGCGAGGAGAAGUCAAGUAAUAAGUAUUUGACUUGGGCUAUAACAUUUCAUCAUAUCAACGCCUUUUUUAUUCUCCCAGGUUGCAAUGAAUACAUGGCCACCAGGCAACAUUCCCAGCAACGCAGAAAAACCGUAACAACAACGAAUCGUUUACUUGAGCUUCUUCUUGGGGCGGAGCUGGUUAGUGUGACCGCACUUCUUCUUACGGCAGUUGGUAGCACGAGGGGGGAGACGGGCCUAGUAGUUGGACAAGUCAGCAACCAAUUUCAAGAUAUGAAAAUUCCGGGGAUCCGAAAGUCGUUCAGAUGGUCGGAAGGUGGAAACGUACGUAGCACUUGCGGCAGAUGGACUUUUCGCAGUUGUACUUGGAGGCGAGAGCCUUGAGGGAGGGUUCGAUGAUACCACCACGGAGACGGAGGACAAGGUGAAGGGUGGACUCCUAUAAAUUCGCAAAAAGCAUGCGUCAGCCAAUCGAUUCCAUCAAAGUCAAAUAUAUCCUAUCUCUUCUUUCACAAAACGCGACCGUUCCGAUGAAUUCGAGUCGUGGCGAAAU